UGCGAGUUCGGAACUUAAACAGGAGUUGAGAUUUUAUCUCAAUUUUACCGUCACAGAAUACGGACUGUCGUUGGUUUUACCUGAACAGAUGACACUUUGAAGAAUAAAGAGGUCGUUCAUACAGUGUUUUGCAGAUCACAAAUGGACUUUGCUGUGAAACAGUAGCUGGCUUAAAAGACCUGCAGGAAAAAGGCAAAACAUCUUGGAACUGCAAAUUCCAGCUGAUAUCGCAACUUGACUUUUCACAUUCAGUGAAUCAUCUUCGCCGUCCAUUCGUCUUCUCAUCCCUCUGUCCGUCUGGGUUGAGAACAAGGGGGUCCAUGGAGAAAGCUUUAAAUGGCUGAGGAGUUGUGUACCGGCUGGUUUCGCAUCGUUGCAGGUACAGUAGGCUCCUUGGAGAUAGAGGAAUGCAAAUCUGCAACCAUGAUGGAAGGAUUGAAAAAACGUACCAGGAAGGCCUUCGGGAUACGGAAGAAAGAGAAGGACAAUGACUCCACGGGGUCCCCAGACAGAGACGGUGGUUCUCAGAGGAAGACCAACGGGGCCCCUAAUGGCUUCUACGGUGAUAUCGACUGGGACAGAUAUAACUCUCCUGAGGUUGAUGAUGAGGGCUACAGCAUCAGACCUGAUGAGGAGUCCGAAGAAGGAGUACCCACCAACAAGAAGCAGCACUUCUUUUCCUCUGAUGAGUCGGAAGGAGAGGAAGACCACAGGAAAAAAUUCAAAAUCAAGAUCAAGCCUCUGCCAGCCGAUCGUGUGGUGGCAGUGCCCUCAGUCGACGAGCUCAAGGCCUCCAUAGGCAACAUAGCCCUGUCCCCAUCUCCAAUGAGAAGUCCGAGACGUAGUCCGGGUUUGAAAAGGAACACUUCCAGCGAGGAGAUUGCCAGACCGAGACGUGUCGUGACUACUUUACCCACUGUGGCCCCCACACCAGCUCCAGCUCCACAACCCCCCAGCAGUCAACAAACACCAGUCUCUGAAGACACCACAGCCUUAUUUGGGCCUCCUUUGGAAACAGCCUUUGGAGAACAGAAAACUGAAGUGGGUUUCUCUGAGUCCGAUGCGUGGGGGGCUCCUCUGUCAGAGCCUGAAUCCUCUUUGACAAGAUCCUUUCCCACAGGAACUCCACCUCCGCUUCCCCCCAAGAAUGUCCCGACCUCUCCCCCAUCACCGGGCCCUCCCUCUGCAGAUGACGCUGUGGCAUCAACAGAAGCAGACAGUUCCAGCAGGAAACCCUCAAUAGCUGACUUGGACAACAUUUUUGGACCAGAACAGGCUCCUACUGCUGGCGAGGACACAGGCGAGUCGUGGGUCUGCUUCAAUGCAGAAUCUCCUGACCGGCCGCCUCUACCACAGGAACCAGCACCUCCGCUACCGGCCUCCCCACCUCCACCUGAAUCUCCCGCCCCACCUUUGCCUACAUCACCACCUCCUCCAGAAGACCCUGCACCACCUCUCCCUACCUCCCCUCCCCCAAAAGAAGAACCAGCGCCCCCCAUCCCAACCUCCCCACCUCCCGCAGAAGAGCCUGCUGCACAUCCUGUCUCCUCAGGUCCUCCUACACCUGAGGACCGAAAUCCUCCAACACUCGCCACCUCUCCACCCCCUGCACCACCAAAAGAACUCUCCUCUCCUCCCGCUUCCUCUCCCCCUCCUCUCGACUCACCUGCCAGCGUCCCACCAGCUCCCAAUUCAAGCACCCCUCCAGCGGUGACACCUCCUGCUGAGGGACCUGUGGCACGGUCCGUCCCUCCGCCUCUCACCCUGUCUCAAGAGGAGCAGUCCAAGAACACAGAUGUCACCCAACCCAAAGAGGAAGGAGGUGAAACUGUCACCUCACCCAACGAUGCUAGCCAGGGCAAUCGGAGUACGCCUCCCCCACCUCCUCCCCCCACAUAUCGGGCAGUGGUGUCAUCACCAGGUCCCACAUCUGGAGCUGGUGGCACAAACAGCGGUUCCUCCUCUCCAGUGCGACCUGCAACGCCUUCGUCGGUAAACCCCACCCCUCCACCACCUCCACCUCGCCCCCCUUCACGGCCCAAACUUCCUCCAGGGAAGCCCACUGUAGGAGAUCCAAGUCGUCCAUUUAGCCCACCGGUCCACUCCGCCAGCCCUCCUCCUAUUGCCCCAUUGGCGCGGGCCGAGAGCACAUCCUCCAUCUCCUCCACCAACUCCCUGAGUGCCGCCACGACCCCCACUGUUGGCAAAGAGCUCUCCGUGUCCGUAUCAGAGAAUGACCAGCCAUCCCUUGUAUGGUUUGACAGAGGGAAGUUUUAUUUAACCUUUGAAGGCUGCUCCAGAGGGCCAAGUCCUCUCACCAUGGGGGCUCAGGACACUCUUCCUGUGGCCGCUGCGUUCACAGAGACGGUCAACGCCUUCUUUAAAGGAGCCGACCCCAGCAAGUGUGUUGUGAAGAUCAUAGGUGAGAUGGUUUUGUCGUUUCCGGCGGGAAUCACGCGGCACUUUGCCAAUAACCCGUCCCCCGCCGUGCUAACCUUCAGCAUAACCAACUACAGCCGACUGGAGCAUGUGCUGCCUAACCCCCAGCUCCUCUGCUGCGACACCACCACGCAAGCCAAGGCCGAUGCCAAGGACUUCUGGGUGAACAUGCCAAACCUGAUAUCCCAUUUAAAGAAGGUGGCAGAGCAGAAGCCACAGGCAACAUACUAUAAUGUGGACAUGCUCAAAUAUCAGGUAUCGGCGGAGGGUCUCCAGUCGAUUCCUCUGAAUCUGGCAGUGAGCUGGCGAUGUGAGCCCACCAGCACUGACCUGAGGAUAGACUACAAAUAUAACGGGGAGGCCAUGACGACGCCCAUGGCCCUUAACAACGUCCAGUUCCUCGUCCCUGUCGAUGGAGGGGUUUCAAAACUACAGGCUGUCUUACCUCCUGCUGCAUGGAAUGCAGAGCAUCAGAGAAUCCUUUGGAAGAUUCCUGAUAUCUCACAAAAAUCUGAAAAUGGAGGUGUGGGAUCGUUGUUAGCACGCUUUCAGCUCACAGAAGGUCCCAGUAAACCAGCUCCGCUGGCCGUGCAGUUCACCAGUGAGGGCAGCACCCUGUCGGGCUGUGACAUUGAAUUGGCUGGGCCAGGAUACCGCUUCUCUCUCAUCAAGAAGAGGUUUGCCGCAGGAAAAUACCUGGCCGACAACUAACCCAUGCUACUGAGAACAGCACUGUUGUAACAAAACAAUGGCAGUUGGACUGAGGUUGACACCGAGGACAGAGGACAAACCGACACCAGACGACAGACUUUCCGUUGACCUUUUCUGAACCCACACGACAGGUCCGCAGCCUACCCAGCAGUAUUGUAUAACUUGCAUAUAGCAUCGUGGAAACUGUUUUAGGUCAUGUAAUUAUCGUAUUUGUAUUCAUUUCAUAACAUCUGUAUUGCUGCAGUUAGACACCUGGGUUCUCCCUCCUUUCGAAGUCUGUGCCUCUGUCUCCAUCCUCCUCCGGUCAAUGUGUGGUGGUGUUGUUUUAAAGUUUCACUGCAGCUGCCUGACAGACAACAUAGACAGAAAGCUUUUCGGCCAGAUUUAAACUCUGGGUGACAAGCUGUUUGUUGUCUAGAGUACAGGAAGAUUUGGCUGUAAAAACACACAUGAAUAAGAUCCUUGCAGGCAGACACAAACCUCAACCUCUGACAAA